CAAUGUAGUAGCAGACGAAGCUGAGCGGCCGAGGAAAGAUGGCCGCCGUGGUGAAGGAUGUGAGGCUCAAGCGAAGUGAAACGUGCGGGUUCGGCUUCUCUAUCCUCGGAGGUGCUGGCUCUGAGCUCCCACCCAUCGUGUACGACAUCAUUGAAGGGUCACCGGCUGCUGAUUCCUGCCAGCUGGCUCCCGGUGACAUCAUUUGGGAGGUCAAUGGGCAAGAGGUUGUUUCUUUCACCACAAAGGAAGUGCUCAAUUGCCUUCGCCUGUCAUCAUCAGAAGUCACAUUAAAACUAAAAACAGAUGCAGCGGUACAGGAACGAGUGCGGCAGUACCUGGCCACCCCAAAUAAUUCUGAGGUUCUGAGGGCAGCUAUUACCCAGGACGACCUCCAGGGUGUCAAACACAUCAAAGCUAAGAAAUCUGCAAGUCGGACACCCCCUGAGCAGUCGUCCUCCACUCCACCAUCCCUCCCCAGCCCCACCUUGUCUGACGCAUCAGACCGCACCUCCCUCAGUCACGGCUCUAAUCACACAGCCUCGGAGAAUGGCUUCCAUUCGAGGGACCAGAUGCCAGCAGAAAAUGAGCGCAACACCUUAAAGAAGCCUAAAAGUGAGGCAUACUUGAUGACAGGUGACCUCAUCCUGAAUCUCUCGCGGACUUCCCACGACGCCAGCUGGCUCCCGCAGCAGAAAACUGUCGAUGACCUACGUAAAUCAGGCAGCUCGAGCGUUCCUACCAGCCCCAACGAGGCAAAUGUCUGUGGGGGCCGGCUGGUCAAGCGUGACCUGGGAAGUCCGCAGAGCUUGUGUUCGCCUGUGUCCGUUGAUAACCAUGCUAGUGGUGGCGUGAAAUUUACUUAUCCUCCAGCUGGAUCCUCCGUCAGGAUAUCCAAGUCGGAGGACCAGCUGCAAUACCAGAAGGAUGGUAAUAUGUGUGCUGUUAAUAUAGAGCUUGAGGAUGAUGUGACGUCUUCACUUAACACUCUGUUGGACACCUGUGAUGAUCCCAGGUCCUCCCCCUUGCCUCCCCCACAUGAAGAUCGCAUAAUAUGGACCUUUAAUGCCCCUCACACAACCUCCCCAGACAGUGUGCGGUCAAGUCAUGACUCUGACAGUCCCCUGAUCAGGUCUCCCUCCCCAGUGUCCCCUCAGUCUCCCACCUCCUCCAUGCAAUACUCAUGCAGUGGGGUGUAUGACAAGAUGUGCAGUGGCCGGGACUCCUUAGGCAGCUCUAACAGGUCAGACAAUGUGUGCUCUAACAGCUCCAGCUUAACCAGUCCCGACACAGACGUUCCAGACGAGCUGGAGUGGGACGAUACUACCCCAACCCUCCAUCUCUCCUCCCCUUAUACUAACUCCUUUGCUGCUAAGGAAUUGCUUCCCAACGGACACGGAAUGGCUGCUGAGGGCCCCAGCCGUGCCUCAGAGAGAGCAAGGGCCAGACGGCAAGAUGAGAAUCGCAUUGUAAUUAAGGUAGAAGGUCCAGAUGCAGCUCCAGGUGGCAGGCGACGGCCCCAGCACCUACAGAAGUCAGCUGAUGAACCAUUUCCCCCACGAGACGAGGUUGCGCGUGAUCCUGACCUAACCCCCACUAACACGCGUCCCACAACCCCUGGCUCCGGCACGCUUUCCCCAGACACCCUGGCAUACCAGGAGCUGCGGGAGUCUGAGGAUGAAAUUACAUGUCUUUCAGAGGAGGAUGGAACAGGCAAGGCAUCCUCAGUGCGUACUUCCAGCACCACCUCACCACCUUUAAGUGAGGAUGAGAGUGACAUAGAUUCCUUGCACAGCUUCCACUACAGCCCCAAGGCAGUGGACAUCCCCUCAGCAGUGCGGCUAGCCAAGCGACUCAUCACUCUGGAUGGCUUCAAGAAGUCUGAUGUAUCAAGACAUCUCUCAAAGAACAAUGAGUUCAGUCGAGCAGUGGCUGAAGAGUACCUCAAAUAUUUUGACUUUCGUGGUGAUACCUUGGACAAGGCAUUACGGAAAUUUCUGGACCGGUUUUGUUUGGCAGGCGAGACUCAGGAAAGGGAGCGUGUUUUGGUGCACUUUUCACAUAGGUUCCUGGAGUCAAAUCCUGGGACAUUCAACUCCCAAGAUGCUGUGCACACCCUUACCUGUGCCCUGAUGCUCCUCAACACUGACCUUCAUGGACAGAAUGUGGGACGAAAAAUGACCUGUAAUGAAUUCAUCGACAACCUAGCAGACCUGAAUGAUGGUGAGAACUUCCCCAGGGAAGUUCUGAAGUCCCUUUAUCAUGCAAUAAGGAACCGGCCUCUUCAGUGGGCUAUGGACAGUGAGGGAGAUGGAGAGGUAACUUCAACAAGUAAAUCUGGAAGUGGCGAGGCAGAGAUGACUGUGGGCAGUAAUCCCUUCCUUACGCCACCCUCAGGCAAUGGUGUGCAGUACAAAAAGGGAUACAUUAUGCGAAAGUGUUGCACAGAUCCCAAUGGCAAGAAGACUGCCUUUGGAAAACGGUCGUGGAAGAUGUGGUUCUGCGUGAUUCAGGACUUGGUGCUUUACCUCCACAAAGAUGAACAAGGGGCCAGGCGGGGACCUCAACAUGCCCAGCUGGGACAUAAUGCUGUGCGCCUUCACCAUUCAUUGGCCACUCGUGCCCAUGACUACUCCAAAAAGGAACAUGUUUUCAGGUUGCAGACAGCUGAUCAAGCAGAGUACUUACUGCAAACCAGUGACAGUAAGGAACUUCAGGCUUGGAUUGAUACCAUCAACCUUGUUGCUGCAAGCCUUUCUGCUGCUCCGCUGCCAGGAGCUGUUGGCUCUCAACGCAAGUUCCAGCGGCCAUUGCUCCCCUGCAGCAUCACAAAGCUGAACAUGAGUGAACAGCUGGAGGAUCACACCAAGCGACUGGCCCAGUUGGAGCAGGAACUGGAAGAUCACAAAGCUCACCCUCCAGAAAAGAACAGCAAAGCACACUCUAUGUCCAACUACCGGGAGAAGGAAGCAUAUCUCAUUAAGGAGGUCAAGAGGUAUCGAACAUAUGUUUACCUCCUUCGUUCUAAGUUGAAUACCCAGUCACCUGGACAGCAGCAACAAAUGCAGCAACAACAGCAGCAGGCUACAGGGGAGGGAGAACUGCCAGUGUUUGAAGUUCACCCUCCAGGAGAGGAAGGACUAGAGGAGGUUGGGGUGGAAAGUGCCAGGGUAGUGCCACCUCCUAUUCCAGAGCGAGUGCGACCCAGCGACAGCUCCUCUGAGGAAUCUGGGCAGGUGAAGGGAAUUGAGUCAGAUAUUCCCUUGGAUAAGAAUGAGGAGGAUUCAGCUGCUCUAGAGAAAAAUCAAGAAGGGCAUGAAGAUGAUGACAGUGAAAGUAAUAAAGGGACCCUAAAGAGAAAGAGCAAGCAAGAGAAAGAGAAGCGCAGAUUGGAGAAGGAAACAGAAAAAUUCCUAAGGGAAAUGAAGAAGAGAGAGAAGGAAGCAGAGAAAAAGGAAAAGAAGGACCAGGAGCAAAAAGAAAAAGAGACAAAGGAACAAGAAAGACAGCAUAAAAAGAAUACACUGAAGCAGACAAAAGAAGAGAAGAAGGAUGACAGUCUGAGCCAAAUAGAUGAUAAUGAGGGAUCUAGAGGCAAACCAAAAACAGAGGGCAGUAUGGAUGAAGAUGUGGAUGCAAAAAAGGACGAGAACUCCAAGGAGGCACGAUUAGGUACUUUGAAUCGACUGUCUGCUCUGUUUAAGUUCAGCAAAUUAAACAGGAAGAGCUAUGUGUGCGAAGAGGAGGAAGAUAAUGAAGAAAAUGCUAAUAGAUCUUCCAAACCUCCACCUUUACCACCAAAGCCACAACCUGGCUCUCCAAUUAUGAAAAACAUUGGAACAAAAGUUGACAUUUAAUGAGGAGGAUUAGAAUUUCAAUAGUGGUCAUUUUCUAUUUAUUUCAUAUUGCUCAUUGUACUUUGUUUGCUCAUUCUCAGAUAUAUUCAUCCUUUUUACUGUAAUACUGUAGUUUAGAUAUUCCAAAGAAUAUAUGCGUGUAGAGAAGUUUUAUGUUAUGUUGGAGCUUCUUAGUGAGGAAUAUUGCAAUUUUAACUUUAAUGUCAGUGCUUUCAGCUGCAUUGCCCACCAAGAGGUAUUUAUGUUUGUACAUAUAAUACAGGUUUGAUGAUAUUCAGGAAAGUUAUACACAAAAUAAUAAAAUUGUAAAAAAGAUGCAAAACUAAAAUUUUACUUUUUUUUAAUGAAAAGUAAUGUUUUCCAUGGCUUUGAUAGAUACUCUGAAAACCCUUUUCAGCAUGUUUUGACUUCAAUGUUUAGCAACAGUUUGAUCUGAAACUGUAACUAGAGAUGAGUAAUUGUGAUUUUUUCCUUUUUUCUGUGUUUAAUGCUGCUGAUAGAUAUUAAUUGAAAUGUCACUUAAUACAAACAUGAGCUGUAGUAGAGGGCACUUGAAAGUAUCCAAGUCAACAAAUGCAUGUAUCUCUGUUUUUCAUGGAUGUGAUUCUACAAAUCCAGAAAUGGAAAAAAAAAAAAAUUCCCACCAAGAAGUCUGGUCAUACAUAAUUCUAAAAAAUCUGAUGGUGCUCACUCAGUUAUAACUAUGUAAGCUAAGUAUUAUGGCUUAAUAAAUAAUAUCACUACUCUUGCACAUGUCCUUGCAAAAGUAGAGAAAAGACUUUGCUCUCAAAGCUCAGGGAAACAAGUGGCUUAAGAUUCUUUUAAUAAUUUCCUUUUGAAUUGAAAUGACAAUGUUAUGAAUAUUUUCACUGGAGAACAUGUAUUCCAGAUAUUGCAAAGUUACAAUGCAGAAAAUCUUGUGCUAAUGAAAUAACACCAUAAGCUGCAUUUUUUCCCAUGUGUAAAAAUAACAUAAAUUUUUUUUUACAUUAA